AGGACAGAAGAGGACAGGACUGCUUCAGAGGCAUUAUUCUCCUUUUCUCCAGGUUUUACUUGUCUCGCCUGUUGACCAUGGGGACAGAAACUGUCAAAGGGGGUCCGGUUAAAUCGGUUGGAGGAGCCGUUCAGUGACAGCUGCUGUUAUCUGACUGACAGACAGACCGGUGAAACGUGACGGACAGGUGAACCGCUCCACGGUUCAAAUCAAUGGCCCGGGGAAUUACGACAACAGAAAAUAUGCUGUAACGUGAAAUGCGGUGUUUAUUCUGGACUUUACCGCGUUGUGGCUGAAGUAUGGGGUCGUUAUAGCCGGUAAAGCGGAGACCGGAGGCUUGUGUCUGGUUUUGUCUGCGCUCCGUCCUCUCCGGUGGACACAACUGAAGAGACUGGAGACACGGACGGAGACAGGGCUGUUUUUGUUUCGGCGGAGACAUGGCAGCGGCCAUCGCCAGCGGUUUGAUCCGGCAGAAGCGACAGGCGAGAGAGCAACACGCCCACCGACCGACCACUCACCGGCGGCGGAAGAGCCCCGGUAAGAAGCAGGGGCUGUGCAACGGGAACCUGGUCGACAUCUUCUCCAAAGUCCGGAUAUUCGGCUUGAAGAAGAGGAGGCUACGGAGACAAGAACCACAGCUGAAGGGCAUAGUGACCAGGUUGUUCUGCAGACAGGGCUUCUAUCUCCAGAUGGGCCAGGAUGGAAGUAUGGACGGGACCAAAGACGACAGCACCAACUCCUCUCUGUUUAACUUAAUUCCUGUGGGUCUGAGAGUCGUGGCCAUCCAAUCAGUCAAGACCGGCCUCUACAUCGCCAUGAACGGAGAGGGUCACCUCUACUCAUCGGAACUGUUUACAGCGGAGUGUAAGUUUAAAGAGUCGGUGUUCGAGAACUACUAUGUGAUCUACAGCUCUAUGCUCUACAGACAGAAGGAGUCGGGCCGGGCCUGGUUCCUGGGCCUCAACAAAGAGGGUCAGGCCAUGAAGGGCAACAGGGUCAAAAAGACCAAACCAGCUGCACACUUCCUGCCUAAACCUAUAGAAGUUGCGAUGUACCGAGAACCUUCGUUGCACGACGUAGGGGAGGCGGCGCCUAAAAUCGCCGGGGGCCCGCCUUCCAAAAGCACAACCAGCGAACCUGUGGUCAUGAAUGGCGGCAAACCAGUCAACAAACCCGACAAGGAGGAAACAUAACCCCGCCCCACUUUUUACCCUCCUCCUGGCCAAGCACAGGCCAGGAAAAAGCCAGAGUCUGGCCCCACUGCUGCAUCCUCAAAAAACUAAACUGCAACAAAAGGUAACCAAACAAACAACAGCUCAAGUUCUGACUGGGCAGCAGUGGGGCCGCACGUCCCGCCUCACCUCUUUCCCUAUUGGAUGGAUGUGGUGUUGAGGGACGGAGCGCUGCAGGUGGUGGCGGGGGAAAUGGAGGAUGAAGACAGUACAGUCAGGCCGAUGCCAGCCAGAUAUUUUGGACCUGGGACAGUGGCAUGCCCCUCAUAUGGGAGACAAAAUGACUUCUUAAAAAUAUAAACAAAACAAUGUCGUCUUCACCGGUAUUUUUCUGUGACAAUCUGUAAGAAUGAGGCCCCUUUUUUUCUCUCCUGAUAGUACUGUUUUCUGUUGCCAGGUAUGCUUGCUUGCUGGUGGCCACACACACACACUCACACACACACACACACACACACACACUACUCCCACCUGAUAUCGACCACUUGGAUUCAAUCUUUAAGUAAAUAGAGAACAGAUUAAAAAACAAACAUCGGGCAAAGAGAACACUUUAAAUACCAAACACUAAUGAUUCAGAGGAUGCUUAGUCAUCCACCAAUUAAGAAUUGGCACAGGAAAUUCUGCACUAAACUUAUAAUGAAACCUUGAAAAUGGCCCUGUGUAUUACAAACACUCAUCCCGAUUUUUAGUCACAUACUAUAAAUAAGAGUCCUUCUCGACACCACAUAGCUUAAAGCAUGUUCGUCUUUCCCGUAAGCCUUUAUUAUCUAUGUGUCAGGUGGUUUAUUAUUCUGCACACACAGAGCACUAGUGAUUACCAAGCUGCAUUGUUGUAAAGACACAAAAAGAGAUUUUAGUGUCUACCUCUCUGUCUAACUGGUUGUUUUCUGUCCCUGUCUGUUUUUUGGAUGAUUUCGCUCACACAAGUGUAGCUCAGGAGAGAAGGAGAUCAGCUGACGUGGCAAGUUAAGAGGUUUUUUUUUUGGUAUCAAGUUGCUCAAAUUAGAGUGUAGCUGAGAAUGAUUUCCCCUGUUCGUAGCAACACAGAGUGUACAGGAGGCAUGCUGGUGUCCAAGCAGCAUGGUAGCAGUCAGUGUUUACAAGGAGUAGCAGAUAUUAUAGAGGGUCAAACCCUGAGAACGGUCAGACGGCCUCGUAGUACGUUUUCUUCCUGUUGCCUUCCCAAGUACUUGAAGUUAAAGGUAGGAAUGAGGGUAAUUAUAAACAGGGUAAAUUAUGUUAAAGCCACUAUGUGUCAGACUUUACUGCCCAGGCACCGGACCCCAGGAUCCGAGGUCUUCACAGGUCUCAAUCUGCAGAGUUACUAAGAACUAUACCUGUCAAAGAAAAUCAGUAUUUAAAAUUUAUAUCAAUAUUUUUCUCUGAAAUGUAGUGGAGUAGAAUAUAAAGUAGCAUUAAAUAAAAAUAUAUCUCAAAAUUAUACUUAAAAACGUUCCAUGAGUGAAUAGAUGAGUGUCAAUAUAUGGAGAACUGAACUAUUAAAGCGACCCCAAAAUCAAAAUCUUAGCUCUAGAGGCAUUUAUCCAUGUUGUGAGCACUGUUGUGAGCACUUUCAUGUAGGAACUUUUUUUUCUUUUUACCAAAAUACACCCACCAACUUUAUCACCAUGCAAUAAUAUCCUCAGUGAUAUUCAAAGUAGGGUCUGUGGCACUCUGCCCUGUGAAAAAAAACUUUUUACAAAUCUGAAAUAGUUCAUACAUUAUGUUGUAAUCUAACGAACUGUAUAUCAUUUAUAAUAUUCAGAACAUGCACUUUAUCUAACUUUUGUUUGUGCUAAUAAGCCGAGUUGAAGCAAAUUUUGAAGCAAAAUGUUGCAUUAAAGAAAAUGCAAAUUAAGAAUGUUUCAUCAACUGGUUUAGAGGAAAUAAACAAAGCUGUAUAAUUAUAUUUGAUUAGAAGAUGGCAGUGUAAUGUAUCACUAUAGGCUCAUCCGUCAGUAAACAGUAGAAGAGGUAGAAAAAAAAAUACUACAACAAAAAAGAGGUUGCAAAUCGGACAAUUUUGGCCACCAAUGAGAGAAAAUCUUCAGUAAUUGGAUUCAAUUGGGCAACUUCUAAUUGUUCUUUCAUGUCAGAGGAAACAGCUCAUCAGUAAUGAGUUAAAUGUCCGCUACGUCAAAACUUAGUCGGAAAAGAUAGUUUCCAACGUAAAAACUUAUGUGCAUUUUCGAAAGUUUUAUUGUUUAUUGUUU